GACAUGCGUGGUGCAGUUCCGCUACGUUGGGAAGAGGAACAUUGGCAGGAGCCAAGAUGCCUAGGUGUCCAAGCUAUUUUCUCCAGACAGGAAGUCUCAGACCAUGCCUGUGAUGCCUGCAUCACUCAGAACUUCAAGACCCAACUGCUGGAGCGACGGUCAGAACCCCCUGAUGGAGAAACUCUUUGAUAUCUACCUAACCUUCCUCAAGGUCGGCCAAUCAGAGGCCGCCCUCCGUCACGUGUUUGCCUCCCUCAGGGCAUUUAUAAACAAAGAGGUGUUAGUGGAACGCCUGGAGCUGUGUGUGGAGGGAUUGUGGAAGGCUGAGCGAUAUGAACUCAUCACACACAUUGCCAAGCUCCUCAUCCCCGUGUAUGAGAAACGCCACGAGUUUGAGAAGCUGAGUGGACUGUACGACACGCUGCACCGGGCCUACAACAAGAUCCUGGAGGUGAUGCACUCAGGUAGAAGACUCCUGGGGACCUACUUCCGAGUAGCCUUCUACGGACAGGUCAACCCCAAAGACCUAGAUCCCAAGUUUGCCUACGUCCAGGUCACCUUCGUCAAGCCGUACUUGGAAGAGAAAGAAGCUCCAGAGAAGAAGACAGACUUUGAGAAGUGCCACAACAUCAUCCAAUUUGUGUUUGAGACGCCGUACACGCUGAGCGGAAAGAAACACGGAGGAGUGGAGGAGCAGUGCAAGAGGAGGACUGUGCUCAAAACAGCCAACACGUUCCCCUAUGUGAAGAAGCGUGUGGAGGUGGUGGGGGAGAGACAUGUGGAGCUGAAGCCGGUGGACGUUGCCAUAGACGAGAUGAGGGCUCGAGGUGGACAUGAUCCAGCUGCAGCUCAAACUGCAGGGCUGUGUCUCUGUGCAGAUCUACCAGGAGGACAUGAUGCGCUCCCUGCUUCAGAACUCCAUGCAUGUGUUUCGUGCCAUCAGUGGAACUUCAACAGACCUUGGCUAGUUCUCUCCAGUCCUUCUGUGCCAUCAUCUUGCCUUAAAACAGAAUCUCCUUGGUCUCUUUGUCUUCUACAGACCUUCCAGAGUUACUGUAUGUGUUUUAGGAAUGGCACCUUUGAGUUGGACAUGGACAACACUUUGACCUUGCUGGCACCUCUUUAUUAUGCCUAGUUACCUAGUUAUGUCCAACAAAAUAUAAUGGGUUUGAAAUAAAGAGCAGUAUUGGGAUAUCUCUGUCUAGAUUGUGGAGUGGAAUGUAUGAGAGCAAAGUGACACUGUACAUACAAAUGUAAGCAUAUCAACCUAAUGUAAUGAGUCACAUCUAUAAGAUGACUUUGCACUAUCCUGGGAAUGGUAUGUUUUAGUUUUAGUGGGCAGGAUACUUGGUCUUAUUGUACCUUUGACAGAACUCUAUGCAGACAACAGUACUCACUACCUCUGUGUUUUCCAGUGUCAACCAGACCUGAGGCUGUAAGCUACAGAAAACUCUUGUUUGCCUUACAUGCUAGUUCUGUAUGUUUGAAGACAGCGAGGUCUGUGUAUGGAUGCAUUAUAUGCCAAUUACUCUGAGCGAAACUAAGAACGUGGCUUUGCUGUUGUCUGUGUAAUAAAGCCUAUGGGAUGGUGUCAUUUCACCAUGAGCUUAUCUUAUGACUGAACUGAUUGUGGGCUGUACACACAAUAUAAUUGUUCACUUUUUCAUUUGGUGAUCCUAGAUAUACUGUGCAGUAGCUUACAGCUUACUGAGGUUUUAAGGAGCCCUUCUGUCUCCCUAUGGUAUUUUGUGCCUCAGUGCCCCAUCCUCAAACAGUCCCUUCUAUUUUGUUACAAGUUCUAGAACUAUUUCACAAGUGCCACACUGAAAUGAACAGAUAGAUGAUAACAUGCAAAUGCAUAUCCUAUAUUGUUAUGCUGUAAAUUAAUACACUUUAUCUGUGCAUGUAUGUCAGUAUUUAUAUUUGUAUGAUCUUGGACAAAUAACAGAUCCAGGAAGAUAAAUGUUACUUAAUUGUUUUUUAUUUGAUUUUUUAAUUGCAUUGUGUGUACAGCUGCUUAUCAAUCAUAUUUUGCAAAAUCGUUGAUAAUUAAAACAUUUUUGAAUCAUAUGAAAAGUAUUCGUACUUUUCUUGAAAUUAAUUUUGCCUGUUUAAAACUCUUAACAAUAUUCGGACUUUGAAAAGCGUUCUAGGAACGAAUGUGUACAUUUCAAUGUUAUCAA